AACCUCUCCCGAUAAACAAGACUAAAUCACUGCUUCAGUGUCACAUUUCAAUUUAAAAUCACUUCGAUGUUUUAUUCAUCAAAAUGACCCGAAUUCAGUGGAAAUCGCGACGUACCCUAUACCUCCUAAUCACCCUCGUUGUUUUAUACCUAACAAUCCGAAUUAAAACCUACGAACACAAAACUUCAGUUCUCCUCACUGAGACGCACCCUAAUGAAGUUUGGGAGUUUGUGGCCGACUUUAGCAACAUGAAGUUGUUAAACCCCACAAUAGUCGACUUCACAAUCCUGAAGGAAAGUGGUAAUUACGACCAUUGGAAAUACACGACUCAAUAUUCGGAAUUUUUGUCACACUGGCCGUAUUUGAGGAACGAGGCAAUUGCACAUUUUGAGGUCAAAGCCCGACCGGAAGAAAACGUUUAUUUGAUCACUUCAGUGCACAAGACUUGUCUCAUGGGAUUUUUUUGUCUCGAUUCAGAGGGCGAGUUUAAAUUCUCGAAAAACGGUGCCUCAAACGGGGCGCUUUGUGAAGAGAACGUUUUGUAUCAAUGUCCGGCGAUUUUAGCCCCGUUUUGUAGACGAGAAGUUGCGUUUCAGAGGACGGCCAUUAUGGACAACCUGAAAAUUUAUUUCAGGAAAAAACACACCUCUGUGUUCUGACGCGAAUUAUAUUUUUAUACGUUUUGGUAUUAGAGCAAAUAAAUGAGAUCUUGUCUGAUAAAAAUUA